CGAAAGGUCCUGCCGGCUGGGCUACUACCAUCAGCGACUUCGGAACUCGACAGGGCUGCAGUUGUAGCUCAUGGCAUGCAGACUCACACUGGCAUCGCUAGCCCUCCUCGCCACAUCUCAGCUUGCUCACUUUGGAUCAACCCAUUAGAUUCGGCCGGCCUGGACGUGAGCUUCUCGGUGAAAGGCGAGGGCGCCACUUGCCUGCACACCACCACAGCCGCAGUAUCGUUCCACGCACGUGUGAUAGCACCGGGCAAACCCAAACUUGGGCCGUGUCUGCGACCGACCAACCACGAGCACCGGGCAGCCAGGCAGCCGGGCUGAACAUGUCUUCUCAGAUCGUAGUCAUAGGCGCCGGCGUCAUCGGCUUGAGCUGCGCCAUUCAGCUGCAGGAAGCCGCCCACGCAGCACCCGGGGCAGUCACCAUCAUUGCCCGGGACUUCCCAAUGCCCUUCGCCCUCAUAGACCCCAAGGCCCAGAUCAACUUCACCAGCCCAUGGGGAGGCGCUCACAACAGGUGGGUCCCGCCCCCUGUCGAUGGCCGCGCCCAGCCCAACGACAAGAGGGAUCACCGCCUUGCCCUGGCCACUUUCCGCCGCAUGAGAUUACUGCAGGCGUCGAACCCCAACCAGGCAGGCAUCACCUUCAUGAAGGGUAUCGAGUACCUCGAGAACCCUGCGCCCGAGUACCGAGCGCUGGUCCGCGAGGGCAGUGGUGAGGGGAGCGCAAAAGCGCUGGGGCUCGAGGGUUUCCGCGUCCUGGAGAGCAGUGAGCUGCCGGAUGACAAGGUCAGCCUGGGUUUCGAGUACGACACGUGGUGUGUCAACCCCAUGGUGUACUGCAGCUUCUUGCUCAACAGGUUUGUCUUUCGCGGGGGCCGGAUCCUCCGCAGGGAAAUCAGCCGCCCUGACGAGGUCUUUGAGAUGCGAGAUCUAGGCGGGCCCAUCCGGGCGGUAGUGAACGCCUCGGGGAUUGGGUUCAAUGACCCAAAGUCAUUCAUCAUCAGGGGACAAACUUGCCUAGUCGCCAAUCUCUGCCACGAGACGGUAACAAGACAGAACGCAGACGGCAGCUGGACGUUCUGCGUACCGCGCAACUUCGAAGGCGGCACCAUCAUAGGCGGCACCAAGGAGCCCAAUAGCUGGGAUGCAGAGCCGUCCCUGGAAGUCAGGGAGAGGCUGGUGCGGGCAUUUGUGGCCACGCACCCAAGGAUUGCUGAUGAAUCGGGCUCGGUGAGAGUCCUGAAAGAUGUCGUAGGGCGAAGGCCAGCCCGCCACGGCGGCGCGAGACUGGAGAGUGAGGAGAUCGCACCCGGGAAGAUCGUUGUGCAUGCGUAUGGGCUGGGUGGCAGAGGAUACGAGCUGUCAUGGGGCGUCGCGGAGACGGUCCAGAAGCUCGUCGACGAGGCCAGCCCGAUCAAGGCCCGCAUGUGAUCCCAACAGUAGAUCUAACAUGACCUCUUGCGAGCCAAAACGUUAAUGUGUGUACCACAAAUAUUGAAAGACUCAACUC